AUGGAGGAGCAAGUACAGACUCCUGCGGGAAAUUUCGAUACUAGCUUCUGCUUGGAUAUGGCAUUCCAUGUUUUUCUGAAAGAAGCUGAGAAGGGAUCAAAUUUUGUGUUCUCACCUUUUUCAUUUCAUUGUAUGCUGAGCCUGAUUGCCGUAGGCUCAAAGGGGUCUACUUUGGACCAGCUGCUUUCAUUUCUACGACUGAAAAGCAUCGAUGAGCUGAAAUCUUUGGCUUCGCAGGCUGUCACUUCUGUAUUAUCGCCAUCGAACAGGGGUGAGGACCAAACCAGAAGUCCGAUUGUGUCAUUCGUCAAUGGAGCUUGGGUGGAUCUAAGUUUUCGUUUGAAGCCUUCCUUUCAGGAGGUGGUGAAAGGUACUUACUGUGCCACAGCUCAAGAGGUUGACUUUGUAAAUGAGGCUAAUCAAGUGUUAAAUGAAAUUAAUUCAUGGGUAGAGACUGAAACCAGAGGACUCAUCAAAAACCUUCUCCCACAAAAGUGUUUUGGGAAUGACACAGCUUUAGUCCUUGCAAAUGCACUCUACUUCAAAGGAGCAUGGGAUCGAAAAUUCGAUGCAUCUAAAACUAAAUAUAAUGACUUCCAUCUUCUUAGUGGACAAAUUGUUCAAGUUCCUUUCAUGACCAGCAAGAGACACCAGCGACAUCUUUAUGUAUCCUUUGAUGGCUAUAAAGUUCUCAAAAUUCCAUACCAAAAUGAUCAAGACACCAGGGAAUUCUCCAUGUACUUCUUUCUUCCAGAUGCAACAAAUGGCUUGCACAGUCUGAUUCAAGUAUUCAAAUCCAGCCCUGAACUUUAUACUAUGCAAUUAAAGCUGCAAGAACAGGAUCUUCCUGAGUUCUGGAUACCCAGAUUUAAGUUCUCAUUCAAGUUUGAAGUCUCGCAUACCAUGAAGGAAUUGGGACUGGAACUACCUUUCAAGGCUGUUGGAGAAUUUUCUGAGAUGGUUGAUUCUGCCAAGUCGCUUUUCUUGUCAAAUGUAUUCCACGCGUCCUGUAUUGAAGUUAAUGAGGAAGGCACUGAAGCAGCAGCAAGUACUGCUCCGAGAUUCAUUAGAAAAAGUCGCAGGUUGAAUCCUCCAAGUUUUGUAGCUGAUCAUCCUUUCAUGUUCUUGAUCAGGGAGGAGAAAUCAGGAAUGAUAUUCUUCAUUGGAGCUGUGAUCAACCCUCUCUUUGUUUCUUGA